AUGGCCUGCCGAAGGUGUUACGAGUGUGGUGACUUAGGGAAUUUCACUAGGGAGUGCCCCAGACAUAGGUUGAGUGGCCCACACUCAAGUUCUCAAGGUUCAGCAUUGAGAGCUGUUGCACAGACAGCUAGAGGUGGUGCACAGAGUAGUAGAGGGGGUUUUUCAGGUAGAGGAGGUACUCAGACAGGCCGUGGUGGUGGUCAUGGAGGCUCUCAGUAUAACAAUGGUCAUGCUCAAUUCUAUGCAUUCCUAGGUAGACUAGAGGCCAAGGCUUCUAAUGCAGUCAUUACAGGGAAUCCCUAG